CUUUAUCAUCAACCACAUCGGCUUUUCAUCAAAAAUCCAUCUAAUUCCAUCAAAGAAAAGCCGCUAAAAUGGCCAGAACCAAGCAGACAGCCCGUAAGUCCACUGGUGGCAAGGCCCCCCGUAAGCAGCUCGCCUCCAAGGCCGCUCGCAAGGCUGCCCCCUCCACCGGAGGUGUCAAGAAGCCCCACCGCUACAAGCCUGGUACCGUCGCUCUCCGUGAGAUCCGUCGCUACCAGAAGUCCACUGAGCUGCUCAUCCGCAAGCUCCCCUUCCAGCGUCUCGUCCGUGAGAUUGCCCAGGACUUCAAGUCGGACCUCCGUUUCCAGUCCUCUGCCAUCGGUGCUCUUCAGGAGUCCGUUGAGGCUUACCUCGUCUCCCUCUUCGAGGACACCAACUUGUGCGCUAUCCACGCCAAGCGUGUCACCAUCCAGUCCAAGGACAUCCAGCUUGCCCGCCGUCUCCGUGGUGAGCGCUCUUAGAUUAUUCUAAUGAGUCGAUUCUUUUUUCCGGUUGGCUCUUCUGGGAAGGCGAUAACGGGGUUCUUUUUUCUUUUUAUCAUGACUACUGGCGAUACAUGAUGGGUUUUGCUUCGAAUAUCAAUGGGUUUCGGCACUGGGUUUUUUAGUUUU